AUGAGAUUCUUGCAACAACAGAAGCAGGAGAUCCAGGUGUUGAGAGAGAAGAUCAAGAAGCAUUUUCAAGCGAGCUUUGAUUCAUCGUCAACGGUGCUAUUGACACUCGAUCUGUCUUUGGUGUUGUCGCAGUUUUCUGUUCUUGCUGUCGCAGUUCCGCUUGUGCUUCUGCACUUUCCUUCCGUCUUGCUGCUGCUGUUGUACUUCUGCUGCUAUUGUGCUAUGAUCUUGAUGUUGUUGGCUGCUAGCUGUUGCUACUGUUAUGUUGCAUGCUAUUCUAUGCAUCAAUGA